UAUAUUAAUGACUAAUUUAACAAAACACCAGAAAAUCUGAAACCUCUUAGGGUUCAUAUGGAGCACGCACCUGAUAAUGGAGGCAGCAAUGGCGGUUUCGACAGUGGCACAAGAGAAGUGCGACCACUAGAUCUUGAAGUGGAUGAUAAAAUGGAAGAAAGAGUAUUCUUUGAUGAGAUGAUAGAAGAGUUAGAUGAUACAGAGGAAUUUCAAGGAAUGUAUCAAGAUGAAAUUGAGCAGGAAGCUGUGAAUUCUGAGGAUUUAGGGGAGCAAGAAUUUCAAGCAAUGUUUGAUGGGAACGAUUUUUCACAUGAGGUGGAUGAAUUAUAUCGAAUAGAAGAUAUUGAAAAUAUUGCCAUGGUUGAUUUUCUGAACAUGGGUGCUCAUGAGAUGGAAUGUUUUCAUUUUCCUAAUAUUCAGAUAGCAUUUGAUUUCUAUAACCAUUAUGCGAAAUCUGUUGGUUUUGGUGCUAGAAAAAGUAAGACUUGGAAAAAUAGCAAAGGAGAAUAUGUGAAGCAAUUGUUUGUGUGCUCUCGUGAAUCCACAAAAUUGUAGGUUUAAGUGUCGUCCUGGUGAGAAGGUAAAACGAAAACCACAACGAUGUAGUAUUUGUCGCAUGGAAGGGCACAAUAAAAAAUCUUAUCCAUUGGCAAAGGACAUUCAGCAGCAGACCAAUGCAACUUCUUAUGGUAUAAAUAGGAACCAUGUUGAGGAAGGUUUGGAUGCAGAUAUAGAAAUGGGAUUUUGGGCAUCUAAUCUUGAAGAAGAUUAUGAAGAACAAGAGUUUUGGACAGGAGAUUUUGAUGCAAGUGCCGACAUGGAACUUAGUGAAGAGUUCUCGAUGUAGUAUUAUAUAAAUUAUUAUUAUGUGAUAUUUGAAUAAAACUUGAGUAAUUGAACUUUGUGUAUGAAUUUUCGUGAUGAACUUGGUGUUAUUUGCUUAAUUGCUAUGCAAAAAGUGAGAUUUGAGACAAGAUUGGUAUAUUUACAAUAAUGAGUACAUUUUGAGUUACGGCUUACAAGAGACGAUUUUGUGAUCCUGUAAUUGUAAAAUGCAGAACUUAGCAAGAAGAGUCUUAUUAUGAUUAGUUAAGGCGUGAAAGAUUGUAAAAGAAGUGCAGUUGGGUUAAUUGUGAAGAAGGUUCAAUACGGUUUGAGGACCCUCCAAAAAGGUUGUUGCUUGCGCUUUUGUAUAUUGACAUUACUCUUUGUUCUUCUUAGCUUUUGUAUGAAUUUUAUUGAGGAAUAUGUGCAUGAAAGUAGAUAGCUUAUAUUUAAUGUAUGGU